ACCACGCUCUGUGGCCAGUAUAAAAACCAGCGGCAACGAAAUGAGAGCAAUCAGUAGCCUUCGAGCAGUCUACAACAGAAGUGCACGAUGAGAGUUCUGAUCUUCGCCGCCGCCGUCCUCGCCUCCGCCGCAGCUGCGCCCUCGGGCGCUCUGCUGGCUCCCUACGCCCACGGGCUGGUGGGACACGCAGCGCCGCUGGCAGUAGCUCAUGCUGCCCCGUACGCUGUGGCGCCUGUCGCCGUAGCGCACGCCAUCGCCCCCGCCGCCCCUACCAUCUCCCCCGGUGACCUCGCCGGUGCCGCCAUCGACGCCCACGUCGAAGCCUCCGACCACGCCCGCGCCGCCGUCGAUGCCGCCCGUGAGUUCCACGACCAGGCUGCUGAGAUCCAAGGCCAGGCCGUCAACGCCGCUGAAGACCACUCCUGGCAGGCGGUCGACGCCGUGAAGACCGUUGAGGCUCAGCUGGACGGUGCCGCCGCCGGUGCUGCCCCCGUGCUGGCUAAGCAGCUCGCCGGACACGUCGCUCCCGUGGUCGCCGCCGCCCCCGUGGUGGCUGCGCACGCCGCUUACGCCGCUGCCCCUGUGGUAGCCGGUCACGCCGCCUAUGCCGCCCCAGUCGCGUAUGGUGCCCCCGCUCUUGCCGCCGCUGCCGCCGCUAGCAGGACCGUUGUCCACCAGUCCCUGUCCCAGUCUCACCCUGCGCCCGUGGUUGCCGCCCCCGUGCUUGCGCACGCGCCCGUCGCCUACGCCGCUCCCGCUCUGGCCGCCCACGGUCUCGCCGCUCACGGUCUCGCCGCUCACGGUCUCGCCGCUCACGGUCUUGCCGCCCACGGUCUUGCCGCUCACGGACACGCGCACGGAUGGUAAACUGUGAUAGUAUUUUUAGAAGCCAAAAAAUCUAUCCUAAUACUCAAUAUGUUUGGAAUGUAAAUAAAUUAAAUAAAAAAAAAAAUAUACAUACAGGCAAAAGAGGCGAGGAUGUGUGUGAAUAAAUGAAAUAGUAAUUUUAUAUAA